CAAAUAGGACACUCCCAUCGGAUUCUAGCCUCUCUCACUUAUGUAUAGUCCACAGAGUUUAGAGAGAGAGAGGGGAACCUCAGCUUGUUGAAGUAACAAAUCAAGGAGAUAUGACAAAACUCAGGAAGAUGGCUCCGGGAGUCGGAUUAAAGAUACUAUUCUUAGUUUUAGUAGCAUGUCCGGCGCAAACAGCUGAUGCUACAACAACAAUGGCGGGCACUGAUGAUACAACAACAGUGAUUGAUAUUACCACAACUGAUGAUACACAAACAGUUGUUGAUAUUACCACAACUGAUGAAACAACAACCGAGGUGGAAAUGAUGACCACUGAUGAUACAACAACAAUGGCGGAUACUGAUGAUACAACAACAGUGAUUGAUACUACCACAACUGAUGGAACAACAACAGUUGUUGACAUGUCUGGGACUGAUGAUACAACAACAAUUGUUAAUAUUACUACAACUGAUAGUACGACGGCAGAGGUUGAUAUAACUACAAAUGAGGAAGCAACAGCAGAGGUUGAUAUGAUGACGACUGAUGAUACACAAACAGUUGUUAAUAUUGGUACAACUGAUAGUACGACAGCAGAGGUUGAUAUAAUGACAACUGAUGGUACAACAACAGUUGCUGAUAUUACAACAACUGAUGAAGCAACAACAGAGGUUGAUAUAAUGACAACUGAUGGUACAACAACAGUUGCUGAUAUUACAACAACUGAUGAAGCAACAACAGAGGUUGGUAUAACUACAACUGAUGGAGGAACAACAGAGGUUGAUAUAAUGACAACUGAUGGUACAACAACAGUUGCUGAUAUUACAACAACUGAUGAAGCAACAACAGAGGUUGGUAUAACCACAAAUGAUGAAGCAACAACAGAGGUUAAUAUGAUGACCACUAAUGACACAACAAUAGUUGACAUUACAACAACUGAUGACGCGACAACAAUGGCUAAUAUAGCCAGCACUGAUGAUACAAUAACAGUGACUGAUAAUGUAACUGAUGUUACAGCUGCUGAUACCACUGAUGAUACGACAAAAGUGACGUAUGAUGAUACCACUGAUGAUACAACAACAAUGACUGAUGAUGCUACCACUGAAGUUACAACAACAGUGACUGAUGAUGCUACCACUGAAGAUACAACAACAGUGACUGA